GUGUGGUUCUCCUCAACUCCACAUGAUUCUUGGCCUAGCCAUGCCUCAAGUAAUGUCAGAAAUCAAAGACUUCUUGCUAACAGCAAGAAGAAAGGAUGCAAAAUCUGUGAAAAUUAAGAAAAAUAAGGACAAUGUCAAGUUCAAAGUACGGUGCAGCCGGUACCUAUAUACAUUAGUCAUCACAGACAAAGAAAAGGCUGAGAAACUCAAACAGUCCCUUCCUCCAGGUCUGGCAGUGAAAGAGCUGAAGUAAACAGUUGGAUUCUC